UAAAGCGUCCAGCGGACCGUUUUUUUCCAGCAGAUCUUUUUGGCUCUGUCCUUGUAUUGAGAUGACAGCCGAAGGGUAGACGUGGAGAGAUUUCCUGGACUGAUUCUCUUUUGAUUUUCACAUUUUACUUACUCACGCGACUUCCACAACAAAUUAUUCGCUUUUAUUAACAGCAGAGGCAUCAUUUCCUUCUAUUUUCAACAGGGCCUUGGGCCUCUUUAGUUUGAUCACAAUGGUACUUAUUCUGGGAAGAAGACUGAAUCGGGAGGACUCUGGAGUCCGUGAGUCUCCAGCGGUCAAGCGAAAGGUUCUGGAGAUGGACAACAAGUCCCUCAGUAGUCAUGAUGUGUUUGAUUUCUUCUCUGGCCCGUGCCACUCCGAGAGCAUCCUGCAGAUGUUUAAUGAGUUCCGUGACAGCCGUCUGUUCACCGACGUGGUGAUCAGCGUAGAGGGACGUGAAUUCCCUUGUCACCGUGCCGUGUUGUCAGCUUGUAGCAGCUACUUCCGAGCCAUGUUCUGCAAUGACCACCGGGAGAGCCGUGAGAUGCUUGUGGAGAUCAACGGCAUCCGUGCUGAAGCCAUGGACCGCUUCCUGCAGUAUGUCUACACUGGACGUGCCCGCAUUACCACUGAUAAUGUGCAGUUCCUCUUUGAGACCUCCAGCCUCUUCCAGAUUGGCACUUUGAGAGAUGCCUGUGCCAAGUUCUUGGAGGACCAGCUUGAUCCUUGCAACUGCCUUGGCAUUCAGCGUUUCGCCGAUGCGCACUCCCUCAAGCAGCUGGCCAGCCGCUGUCGUUCUUACGCACUGCAGAGCUUCGCCGACGUGGCCCAACAUGAGGAAUUCUUGGACAUGCGUAAGGAGGAGCUGGAGGAGUACCUCAGCAGUGACGAGCUGGCCAUUGGCAAGGAGGAGACCGUUUUUGAGGCAGUGAUGCGUUGGGUGUACUAUGACGUGGAUCACCGCAAAAUCGUGCUGAAGGACCUGCUGAACCAUGUCCGCCUGCCCCUGCUGCAUCCAAAUUAUUUUGUGCAGACAGUAGAGGGUGACCAGUUGAUCCAAAAUGCACCAGAGUGCUAUCAGCUUCUGCACGAGGCCAGACGCUAUCAUGUGUUAGGCAAUGAAAUGAUGUCACCCAGAACCCGUCCACGCAGGUCUACUGGAUUCUCUGAGGUCAUUGUGGUAGUUGGAGGGUGCGAAAGGAUGGGGGGUUUCAACCUGCCAUACACCGAAUGCUAUGAUCCUGUUACCGGCGAAUGGAAGUCCUUAGCCAAACUUCCAGAGUUCACCAAGUCCGAGUAUGCAGUGUGUGCCCUCAGGAACGACAUUCUGGUCUCAGGGGGGAGAAUCAACAGCAGAGAUGUGUGGAUGUACAACUCCCAGCUCAACAUCUGGAUCAGGGUUGCCUCCUUGAACAAGGGCCGCUGGAGACACAAAAUGGCCGUGUUGCUGGGAAAGGUGUAUGCCGUUGGUGGAUAUGACGGUCAGUCACGACUCAGCAGCGUUGAAUGCUAUGACUCUUUCUCAAACCGCUGGACAGAGGUGGCUCCCAUGAAGGAGGCUGUCAGCUCGCCUGCUGUCUCCAGCUGCGUCAACAAACUGUUUGUGAUUGGAGGAGGACCGGACGACAACACAUGCUCUGAUAAGGUCCAAUGCUAUGACCCUGAGUCCGACACCUGGUUGCUAAGAGCCAACAUCCCCAUUGCUAAGCGAUGCAUCACGGCCGUAUCACUGAACAACCUCAUCUAUGUUUCUGGAGGCCUGACCAAGUCCAUCUACUGCUAUGACCCAGUUGAAGAUUACUGGAUGCAUGUGGUGCACACAUUCAGCAAACAGGAAAGCUGUGGUAUGUCGGUAUGUAAUGGUAAAAUCUAUGUCCUGGGAGGCCGUGGUGAAACUGGAGAGGCAUCAGACACGAUCCUGUGCUAUGACCCGGCCACUGGCAUCAUAACGGGAGUGGCCGCCAUGCCUCGUCCCAUUUCUUACCAUGGUUGCGUCACCAUCCACCGCUACAAUGAGAAGUUCUAUCAUUCAUGACACUACAAAACAAACACACACAGGGAAAUUGAUAAACUGAGCCUUAUUAUAGAUCAGGUUACAAUAUGAUAGAUAUGUUAGUACCUGCGUGUCACAGCCCCUCUCAGUUCACAAGGCUUGAGUUAGUGGAGACCAGUCAGUUACACCCAGUAAUACGCAAAGACUUAUUUCAGUGUAUAGUAUAAAAAUGAAUACAUGGCUAUUAAAGACACACCAGACCAUUUGAUGGAAAGGUGCUGUAUGUAAUUUUUGUCCCACUAGUUUGACCAAAUGGAAUUGCAAACAUGUCUUUUUAAACUGAUUUCCCAAACCCUCCUCCCAUCUAACAAACACAUAGUCCUGCCCCAAACUAAUGUCAUUGGUUGAGCCAGUGUCUCUGUGCCGGACUUGUCAAGAUGCUCAAAAAAAUGGAGCAAUGUUUUGAAAGUGCCACACAGACAGUGUUUAUGAAGGGCUUACUUACAGCUGUCUCUGCAUAUUAAACUGGGAUUAUAAAGUAUUUAAACACCAAAUAAAUUACACACUUCACCUUUAACUGUUUUACAUUCUUCCACCAUGAUGUUAAAAUAUAAAGGAUCAGUUUGACAAUAUCACACAGAUAAUGUACAGAUUUGCAUACUUCCAAAUCCUUUACCCAAAUACUCCCCAAGCUGAUUGACAACUGGUUGGCUGACAUGUCUUUGGAGGGAAGAUUUCAGUUUGCCUUUCCCCAUGAAUUCUGAUUGGUCUCCAGUUUCUCUUGUCAUCUGGGUCGCCCUUCCUCCCCUUUAUCCAUGGGGUCAUUUUUUUUUUUUUUUUUUUUUUUUUAAAACUACAUUUACUGUUAUUGUAUUCUAUUGUAUUUUAUUGACUGUGUAUGGUAUCAGUGGUUGUUUUUUGAGUGGGUGAAUGGUGUGAUUAUUUGUGACAGAUGGAGCGAGUGUUUUAUUGUAAUGGACUCAGUGUGCAGUGAUGUGUACCGGUAUAUAAAUGUGUGUGAGGGUGUGUGCGCGCAAGAGGGUGAUGGUGAAAUACAAAACAUGGUGGAACCAUUUUAUGUCGAGUUCUCAUGUGUUAUGGUGUUGUGUCCAAUGGGUAUAUGGUAAACAAAAGACCUUCAGGCACCAGAAAGUAUGUCUAAUCUAUAGUGUUUAAUAUAAUGUUGCUUUACAUACAGUAUGCAUGUUUGUAUUCACUUGAUAUUUCGUAGUAUUCAUUGUGGCUGUUAUGACAUUUACCAAAACAAAUGCCUCUUUAUGAACUAUUAUUUGUCUGAUAAAAUUGUUUUAUUAAUAUGAAUUGCAUCCAUAUGCAACGUGAGCUGGCAUUUGGACUCCAAUUAAAUCCUAGUUAGUACAUGGUUAUGAUCUUUGUGCCACAAGAGUGUCGAGACUUAUCACAUUGCAUGUGAAAAACAUGCCUUCUCACAUACGGCAUAUGGUGCAGGUCGUAGAGGAAGUGAUGUCAGGACACUGUUUAUAAGUGAAUCAUUUAUGUGCUUUGACUUUGUUAUUUAUUCUUGGUAGCAGUCUGAAAGCCCCAACCAGGCACUUAAGUCUUUCUUUAAUAUUUCUCAGUAACCCUAAUGUAAAUAGGAGUUUGAUCCCUCUUCGGGUUUACUGUAUCAGUAAGUGUUUGCAAGGGUGAUGCAUCAGGCCAAAUGGCCAUUUCACAACAAAACUCAUCCAUUUUUCUUUUAACAAUAAUCUCUGCUUAGAUCCUCAGUGUUUGUGUGCACAGAGCAGGGCAGAGAAAAUGACGUAUCCGUAAAAGAUUGUGAGAGUCUGUGUGUGGGGUCAUGUACGACUGGGAUUCGGAGACCAGUGAUGUUAGCUUUGUUGCCUGCUUUUAGUUAUGUUAGCUGCAAGACCACAAAAAAAAAGACAUACACAUUGUUCAUUUUCGAUAAUCUGGGAAUUUUACAGUGCAACUGAAAGAAAUUCCUCCACACACAGAAAUUGCAACAAAACAUGGCCUUUUAUUCUUUUACCUUUUUUAUCAGAAUUUGCUUUUUUGAUGUUUAGUUUGACUAUUAUAAAUAAAUGUAUGGAGUUGUGGGUGUGAGUUUCUAAGUGUCUUUUGUUUGAGUGCGAAGCUUUCUGAUAAGAAUUCUUAUUUUUGUUGAUUUAAGAAUUUUUUUUUUGAGAAUUUUCAGUGGUAUAAGCCAUAGGUUUUUUUUUUUUUUUUUUUUUUUUUUUACACUUUAGGGUAUUUAGAUAACUGUGAUGCCAAAAAAACAGUUAAACUCCUAUAUGUCAAACAAUACCCAUUGUUAUAGUGAGAAUGUGCCUUUAGCAGUGAUUACAGUUAUGAUUUGGCAGAGGAAAGUGCUAAAUUAAGACAAUAUUACUCAAGUGCAUUAAAAGAGAAUAGGCCUACCGUUUAGUGCCUUGUGGCAGAAUAAUAGACUCUUGACAACUGGCCAAAGAUGAUUGAAUUGUUCUGUCUGUUCAUUUCUGGGCAAUAUUAUAAGAAAUAUGUCAUAUGUGUAAAACUGUCACUUAAAAUCUCUUGCUGUUUUGAGUUCUGGAAAUGUACAAGAGCUUAAUAUGGUGUAUAUGCAUACAUUUUUCUUCAAUAAAGCAAUUUUUAGUAUGAA